AUGUCACAAGAACAUAGUCCAACAGGCGAUAGUGAUUCUUCAGCAAGCUUAUUAUCAACAACUGGUUUAUCACCACCGCGAAAUUCAAUUCUGCCAGGAAAACAUUAUGAACAUGAACAUGAUUGUCGUGCAAGUAUAUGUUCUCAACAUUCAUCAUGUUCAAUGAAAUUUGAAAAGACAACUUAUGAAUCUGCACCUGUUGCACGCAAUACAGCAGAAAAUAAUCAAGUAAGAAUUAUUGAUUAUCGUGGAACAAAAUUAACGUCAUUUAAUGUUGAUGGUCGCGAAUUAAUAUGUUUGCCGCAAGCAUUUGAUUUAUUUCUUAAAAAUCUAGUUGGUGGCUUACAUACUGUUUAUACAAAAUUAAAACGUUUAGAAAUUAUACCUGUUGUAUGUAAUGUGGAACAAGUCCGUAUCUUACGUGGUCUCGGUGCCAUACAACCAGGGGUCAAUCGAUGUAAACUACUUGCACCAUCAGAAUUUGAUAUAUUAUAUGAUGAUUGUACAAAUUCAGGUUCUAGACCGGGUCGACCACCCAAACGUAAUUCUAACCAUCUGAUGGAAGAUUGUUUAGAUGAUAAGCGUAUGAAAUUAUCAUCUAGCUUUUUACUUCGUUCAUUUCCUGACUUUACAAAUCAAAGUUUCAAAUAUCCGGUUCAUUCAAAUGGUUAUGUAUCAGUGCCAACAUCAAAUGGAAUUCAAUCAUCAGCAUUUACACAUUCAUUUGGUUAUUCAGCAUUUGCACCAACAUUACCGUUACAUUUUGCUCAUAAUCAUCCGGCACCCUAUCUUUUGGGUGAUAGUCGAACAGCACGUUCUAAUGAAGCAAAUUAUAAAUCAUCAUCAAUGGCAGCAUCAUCAUCAUCAUCAUCAACAUCAUCGUCAUCGUCAUCAUAUCGACCCCUUGCUUCAAAUGAAUCACGUCCUUUCACUAUUGAUGCAAUGCUCAGUAAUGCAAAUAAUAAUCAAAAUAGUGGAAAAAAUCUUAAUAAAGAGAAUUCUCAACAACAACAACAACAACAACAGCAACAGCAGCAGCAACAACAACGAGAUCGAUUAAUAAAACCUAUUGAUCUUUCAAUAACAGCUACCGAUACAUCUUCUCCGACUAAUGAACACACAGCAUCAUUAUCAUCAUCGUCGUCAACAUUACCAGCAGCGGCAGCAUUGAAUUUUUUUCAUAUGAAAAAUAUGUUCGAAUUAACUGUUGAAAGUGCCCGUUUACGUGAAAAACAACUUGAAAAUGAAAUCGUUGAUCUACGAACUGAAUUAACUAAAGAACAAGAUUGUCGACAAAAGCUUGAACAUGAUAUUCUUGAAAUGCGUCGUGUUCGAAGUGUAUUAGUAAAAAAAUUAAAACGUUUUAAUCGAUCAUCAUUGACAACAGGCAAUCGUUCAAACAGUAAUGGUGGUACGAAAAAUGAAUCAUCUUAA